AUGUCAGCUCUCGGCCUGAUCACUGUGGUCAGCUUGRUGUCCACUGCUUUUGGCAAUCAGUGGGACAUACAYCCCCCCCAACACCACCGCCACUGGGCCCAGAUCUGCAGAGGGAAUCCUACCAACAAGAUCCGAGGCUGUGACAAAUACGGCUGCGGCGCCUACGGUGCUGACAGGCACAGCGGCAAAGGGAAGCACGUGGGUGUGGAUGUCAUCUGUGCUGAUGGAGCUACCGUCUACGCUCCCUUUUCUGGCCAGCUCUCAGGUCCCAUCAAGUUCUUUCAUAAUGGAAAUGCCAUUGACGAUGGAGUCCAAAUCAAAGGAUCAGGUUUCUGUGUGAAACUCGUCUGUAUUCACCCUAUCAGAUACCAUGGCACCAUCCAGCGAGGGCAAGAGCUUGGSAGGAUGUUGCCAAUGCAGAGAGUAUUUCCUGGCAUUGUCUCUCACAUCCAUGUUGAGAACUGUGACCGCUCUGAUCCUACCCCUCUACUCAAACCUGUUGUUCCACCAUUUCCACAACAAGAUCAACACUGGGCAGCAGUAUGUGCUGGGAAUCCUACAAACGAGAUAAGAGGCUGUGACAGAUACGGCUGUGGAUACUACGGAGCUCCAAGACGCAGCGGCAAAGGGAAGCACGCGGGUGUGGAUGUCAUCUGCGCUGAUGGAGCUACUGUGUACGCCCCCUUUGCUGGCCAGCUCUCCGGACCCAUUAAGUUCUUUCAUAAUGGAAAUGCCAUUGAUGAUGGGAUCCAAAUCAAGGGACCAGGUUUCUGUGUAAAAUUGCUCUGUAUCCAUCCCAUUAAAUACAACGGUUUCAUUGGGAAGGGACAAGUCCUUGGGAAAAUGCUCCCAAUGCAGAGAGUAUUUCCCGGCAUCACAUCCCACAUUCACGUUGAGAACUGCGAUCAUUCAGACCCUACCAGCUAUCUUCAAAGGGGGAAGGGACAAAGAAGAUGAAAUGGAAGUGAAGUAAAUUCAAAAUAAAUUCAUCUCAGCAUCCAAAAGUUUGUUUCUC